CCGCGCGCGUCGGGGCUGGCGGGGUGCAGGGAGGCGGCGGCGUAUGGGUUAAUUUUUUCACCCGCCGACAUUUUUGUGCGGCGGUCCGCGCGCGCCAGGGGACCCGGCCCGGUCCCGAGCGCCCCCUCCUCAGCGCGUGCCCGGGGCCUCCCUGCACCGCCCCCCCCUUCGGCGGACAUUGGGCCCCUCCCCCUCCACUCUCCCGGUUGCCGCGGGCUGGGGUCCCGCCGCGCCCCGCUGUGAAACGGCCCUUGUCCCGACUCUGGGGCGCCCCCUUCCCUGUGGGCCCACUCCCCAGUUGGGGCGGCCCGGAUUCGGGUUGUGGAGCGCCCCUCACGGUGGAGCGGUCGCGGUCCCGGCGGUGGAGCGCCCCUCUUACCGCAUUUGAGCACCUACCAUCCCCAGGAGCGCCCCUCUUCCCGGGUUGGAGCAUCCCCCCGUUCCUAGGAGCGCCCCUUCCUCCUGGGUUGGAACACACCGCAUCCCCAGGAGCGCCCCCAUCUCCUGGAUUGGGGCAACUCCCCCAUCCCCAGGAGCGCCCCCUUUUCCUGAGUUGGAGCACACCCAUCCCCAGGAGCGCCCCUCCUCUUGGGUUGGGGCACUCCCCAUCCCCAGGAGUGCCCCCUUUUCCCGAGUAGGGGCACCUCUGUCCCCAGGAGCGCCCCCUCCUCCCGGGUUGUAGCGGCCGGGAUCCCGGCCGUAACCCUCGGCCUUGCUCACAAAGAGUGCGGCCCGGCCCGAUGGCCCCUCCCGGCGGCGCUUGAGUGAGAUUUAAGGUGUCCCGCGGCCGUCCCCUGCCGCGCUUCAUGGAGGGUGCCCGGCCUGCGCCCGCGUCGCGGCGCCCACCCCGGCGCUUAUGUCCCGGGCCCAGGGGCACGGGUGGAUCUGUAAAGAAACCAGCAGACUAGGAGAGGGAGGGGAAGGCGCUAACCUAACCGUGCAGUGUGUGCACCCGAGAACCAUGUCGGUACGGGAAUCCUUUAACCCUGAGAGUCACGAAUUGGACAAGAGCUUCCGGCUGACCAGGUUCACUGAGUUGAAGGGCACGGGCUGCAAAGUGCCCCAAGAUGUCCUACAGAAGUUGCUGGAGUCCUUGCAAGAGAACCACUUCCAAGAAGACGAGCAGUUCCUGGGAGCAGUGAUGCCAAGGCUUGGCAUUGGGAUGGACACAUGCGUCAUCCCACUGAGGCACGGUGGCCUUUCCCUGGUGCAGACCACGGACUACAUUUACCCCAUUGUAGACGACCCUUACAUGAUGGGCAGGAUAGCCUGUGCCAAUGUCCUCAGCGACCUCUACGCAAUGGGGGUCACAGAAUGCGACAACAUGCUCAUGCUCCUUGGGAUCAGCAAUAAGAUGACCGACAGGGAAAGGGAUAAAGUGAUGCCCCUAAUUAUACAGGGUUUUAAAGACGCGGCGGAGGAAGCAGGGACUUCAGUAACAGGUGGUCAAACAGUAUUAAACCCCUGGAUUGUUUUAGGGGGAGUUGCCACGACUGUCUGCCAGCCCAACGAGUUCAUCAUGCCAGAUAACGCGGUGCCGGGAGAUGUGCUCGUUCUGACCAAACCCCUGGGCACGCAGGUGGCUGUGGCCGUGCACCAGUGGCUGGACAUUCCUGAAAAAUGGAAUAAAAUUAAACUAGUGGUCACCCAGGAAGACGUAGAGUUGGCAUACCAAGAAGCAAUGAUGAAUAUGGCCAGGCUCAACAGAACAGCUGCAGGGCUCAUGCACACGUUCAAUGCCCACGCGGCCACUGACAUCACGGGCUUCGGGAUCUUGGGCCACGCGCAGAACCUGGCCAAGCAGCAGAGGAACGAGGUGUCGUUCGUCAUCCACAACCUCCCUGUCCUGGCCAAGAUGGCGGCCGUGAGCAAGGCCUGCGGCAACAUGUUCGGCCUCAUGCACGGGACCUGCCCGGAGACUUCAGGAGGCCUUCUGAUCUGCUUACCGCGCGAGCAGGCCGCGCGGUUCUGUGCCGAGAUCAAGUCCCCCAAGUAUGGGGAAGGCCACCAAGCAUGGAUUAUUGGGAUUGUGGAGAAGGGCAACCGCACAGCCAGAAUCAUAGACAAGCCCCGGAUCAUCGAAGUGGCCCCACAGGUGGCCACUCAGAACGUGAACCCCACGCCUGGCGCCACCUCCUAAUCCAGGCCACACUAGCUCUCUGGUUUUGUUUUCACUUAGAUCUAUUCCUUUACCAUUACUUCAAUUAAAGACUGUAAACCACAACGAUCUCAUUGUGUCUACACAUCCGGUGACUUUAGGCCAAUUUGUGAGUGGAUACAAUUAAUAAAGUAGAGCCCAUUGCCUUCUUUUCCUGUUACAUUAACUGAAGAUGCACCUACUCUUGAGGCAGCUUCUGAGUUGAGAAUUAUAUUGUUAUCCAAUACUGUUGAUUCAUUUUGAAUCUUUAGACACUUAUCUCUUGCCGACAGGCUCUUUCAAAGGUGCUUUCACAUGGCACAGACACUACCAAGAGUAGUGUCUACCACAGUCGGUGUCUUUUCAUUUUAUGUCUAUUUAUCAUUGUAAGUCUGAUCUGUUUUUCGCUGUCUUGAACAGUGUCCUGGAAAGACAAACCCGGUCAUUGACACAGUGGCAUCCCAGUAGAAGCAGAGCUGCAUGAUGGCUGUGAGCCAUUGGCCUGUCUAGUCUUACCAUUCAGAAACUUCUCCAACCCCAGGACACAACCCCCUAGAGCUGUCAGUUAUGUGGGGCAAGUGCUUCACUCUGCAUGGAAAGCACUUUGAAGACAAAAAGAAAUUUUGUUUCUUUUUGUUUUUGUAGCCUUCCAGGUAUUUGCAGUAAUAUCAGUAACUGUUUUCCUUACUCAUAGCAAAAAAGGAUACUUUUUGCAAUGUAAUUAGAUGUCUAUAGUGCAACGAAGAAUUGCCCUUUCGAAAGGGGCUCAUGUAUGAUACACAUUUGCAAUUAUAAUUAACUACGCAGAUAAUUUUUAAAUAUAAUCAAUAAUAAAGACUGUCUGUGGAUUGUAGUGUUUAAUACAUUUUAUAUUUUGUAUAGUGAUUUCAGGCCUUUUUUCUUAAAAUCAGCAGCUAUUUAGCCGAAUUCUCAGCAUUAUUUUUUUGUCCUUCGUGCCAAUGCUUUUUUUGUGCACGCUUUCCGUGAUCUGUGUUGAAGUCUGCAUUGCCAACUUUGCAGUUUAAACUGGUUUUUCAAAUAAAUAUUUAAUUUUUUUAAUUGAUCUUGUAUAAUCAGAUGCCCCUUUUAGUAUUAUUUUAGAAGCGUUGGGAGGGUUUUGCCUAAAGUACAAUUUAUUGGGGGAAAGCUAGAUUUUAGUUUUAUAAAACUUGUCUUUCAUGGGACCUAUAUUUUUUCUCGAAUUAAAUUUUGUAGUUCUAGAACAAAUAGGUGAUCUAAAGAGGUGUUUAUCUGUGUUACUCAAAAGAGGCUUCCUUGUAUUUUGGCCUACUCAACAAUUUCGGGGGGUCCCCGUUAAUGAAGCACAAGGAAGGGCACUGGAUCCUCGAGGGUCUGUCUUCGUGAGAGAAGAAGCACCGUGUCUGCAAGUUUCCGAACACCUCCUGCUUCCAGGCACCAGAGCCACCUACACCAAUAGCCUUGCCAGUGGAAACUGCUGCCAGGAAGACGAUGCUCCCUGAAAGCUGUGGCCUCCUGGAAAGAAGAGGCCGCAGCCUUUACAUGGGUGUUCCUGGAGAUGAAGCCACGCACUGUGUGCAGGACGUGGGGGCUGCCCCAGAACUGAAAUUACUUGGACACUGUGUAGAAAUUUAUGCAGGUGUUGGUCCUCAAAAGCUACAAACCAGUGGUCAGCAAAAUAAAGUGUGUUGGAAACCUCUGA